AUGUCCGGCGUGUGGAUAUUCGACCGGCGAGGCGUGGCUCGUCUCAUCACUCACCCCACCAGAGAGUCGUUCGAGCAGAGGCCGGACCAUCAGCCCGGUACGGCCACCGCACCCGGGGCCAGGCCACGUGUCCUCGUCUACCUCCCGGCCAACCAGGUGAUCCGAUCGUACGACGAGCUGGAGCAGCGGCUGGGGGAGCUCGGUUGGACCCGCUACCGGCCCAAAGUCGACGGGCUCGUCCAGUUCCACAGGUCCGCCUCCACGGCCCACCUCAUCUCCUUGCCCAACCGCUUCUCCGAUCUCAAGCCUUUCCAUAUGUACGACAUCGUCGUCAAAAACCGGUCCUUCUUCCAAGUUCGCGAUCCCUGCUAA